CUACAAUAUACGUACAAUCACAUGCCAGUUGAAAUUAUAUUGAUGAAUGGAAUGAGUCCAUUAAUGGACACCCAGCAACAUGAGAACAAAAUUAGCGCAGUUGUGUUAGAAGAAAUGCAAUACGAUAGAAGCUCUCUCGAGAUGUUGCGCGACACAAAGCCCUCCACCUGAGCCUGAACAUUCUCCUUCUCCAUAGAAGCCUCAUCGAGACGGUCACCAUGUUUGAUACUCUUCUCUUUCUCUUUCUUCGUGCACUUCCUCUCUCGUUGGCGGCAGAAUGCGGAACAAAGCCGCUCACCGAUAUCACAGACAACAGCACAUUCGAAGCACGUAACUACCAAGAAAACUGGUGGACUGCCAGAGAAGCCCUCUGUUCCCAAACGGAUCCUUGUUUCGAUGGAAACACAGAUUGUACAGUCCGAGUCGCGAUCAACCUCGCAAGCACUCUGGCCCUCUCCAGAAGUGGCCCCAAGGAAAACCCAAAAUUUGAAAAGUGCUGGAAUGGUACUGUAGGUUUCUUCCAACGGAUAAGGAAAUCCAGAAUUUUCAUUGACGAAACGAAUUAGGCAGAUAUCAUCGAGCAAUGCGUGAAAGAAGCCGGAGUUGCAGACGGUUCCUGGACACUUCCUGAGGGCGUGUUUAAAUACGGAAUCGAGAAGACGGAACCGAUUCCAGAUAUUGGAGGUGCGGCACUUGUGGAUAAGACGUUGCCAUCAGCCCGAUUCGAAUUUUCAGCACCAGCACCGACAAAUCUACCACCGAAACCAAGUUUCGACGACGCUUAUAAUGUAGUUUGUGACGUGGGAGGCUUCAAAGGCUGGGGAUUUAGUGGCUGGGCUUGGGGUGACCAGGUAUGCUACUUCAACUAUCCAAGUUCCUUGACUCUGUAUAGUUUACUUAUCCUUCCAUGGCUAGAUAAAUGAUCCCAAACAAGCAAACACAAAAGGCUCAGGUUAUUCCGCAUUUGGUGAUUGCCACAGAACUCCCGACGGACAUGAGAACGAAGGAUUUGCGUUCCAGGGGUGCGACACGUAUCGGUUAUAUACCUUUAAACGAGAAGAUUGCACAGGUGGGAGAGCAAACAAAGAGGGCGAGGAUUGGUCCUAUGCUAUUUACGGCCCGGGAUGGCUUCCGGAGAGGAUUGUUGGCCCUUAUAGGAGUUGGAGGGUAUUGGCAGGAGAGCCACAAGUAGCCCCGGAACCUGAAACGUAAGUGGGUUGUACUGUAGAUAACAGCUGUAGUCUUUUGUUCGGCGUUUGGAAUUAUAAUCUGAAUUACGAUAA